AUGUCCUCCUCCUCAUUCACCCAAAUAAGAUCACAGGCGCUAAAUUUGGAGAAGCAGACUGAGUCAUUAUUAGCAAGAUUCUCUCAGUUUCAAAACCAGCUAUCACAAUCAUUGGAAAGUACACCAGACGAAGAAUCAAUUAAGCAACAAAUCAUCGAUACAUUAUCUAAACGAGAUGCCACUAUUGCAAAACUUAACAGAAUCAGUGAAUCAUCCACCACUGAAUUAAGUACUUCAAAAUUGCAACAAAUUACUCGUCAUGAACAAAAUUUACAAGAUCACAAGAAUUCAUUCCAGCGUAUUGAUUCUAUAUUAAUUGAAGAACGAAAUCGUAAUAAUUUGUUAUUCACAGUGCAAUCAGACAUAUCCAAUCAUAAGAGACGCAAUACACCUGCGAACGCAUUGGACACUGACCCUGAUUCAUACAUCCUUGAAGAAAGUCAACGAGCAGACAAUGUUAAUUCGAUAGCUGAUAGGUUGUUGCAAAGUGCAUAUAACACUCGAGACGAGUUGAUAAACCAACGACAAUACUUGCAAAAUGCUCAACUGACGAUAUUAGGGACUAUUCAAAGUGUUCCAGGUAUAAAUGUGCUUAUCCUGAAGAUUAAUUCCAGAAGAAAAAGGGAUACAUUAAUUUUAGCCACUGUUAUUGCUGUUUGUAUAUUACUUUUGUUCUUUGUAUAG